ACAGAUGCGAGUAACGAAAUGAAUUUGUGAGUACCGAAUCGGUACUUCGAGUCAACCAAUGUACCCGUUACUCAGUAACGAAUACAUGCGGUUUGCUCCAGCUCUAAUGAGUUACGAUUUCGUUUUCUGUUUUGCAAACUUUUCAGGUUCUGUAGUGCGAAAAGUGGAAACUCUUUAACACGUCUUAUUUAAACUACUAAGCACUGGUUAACUUUAACCAACAACUCUAGAAAAAUUUGCAUAAAUUCUUAUUCAAAUAUGUAUACAUAAUCGGGUAAGAAAUUCACAUUUGUAUGAAAUAUAGCAAUUUUAAGCUAGUAAGAAUUAGGUAUGCAACAUGUCGUUUAGACAAACGGGUAAUAUAAGCAAACAUAUACUUCUUCACACAGAAGAGAAGUCUCAUGUAUGUGAAGCCUGUAAAGUGACAUUUAGUCAUCAAGGUACUUUAAAUGAGCAUAUGCGUAUUCACACAGACGAGAAACCUUAUGUUUGUGAAGUAUGUAAUAAGUCAUUUAAGUAUAAGGCUAGUUUAAAGAUGCAUCUGCCUAUUCAUUCAGGAAAGAGAGUGCACCUGUGUGAAGUAUGUAAAAAGUCAUUUAUUCGAAAGUCUACAUUGAACAAGCAUAUGCUUAUUCACACACCAGAGAAACCUUAUUUGUGUGAGGUAUGUAACAAGUCAUUUAGAGAAAAAGGUAAUUUAAAGCACCAUAUGCUUACUCACACAGGAGAGAAGCCUCAUGUGUGUGUAGUAUGUAACAAGUCAUUUAGAGAAAGAGGUAAUUUAAAGAACCAUAUGCUUACCCACACAGGGGAAAAACCUCAUGUGUGUGAAGAAUGUAGCAUGUCAUUUGGACAUAAACGUAGUUUAAACGACCACAUGCUUAUUCACAGAUCAGAGAAACCUCAUGUGUGUGAAAUAUGUAAUAGGUCAUUUUAUAAAAAAUAUACUUUAAAUAAGCAUAUGCUUAUUCACACAUUAGAAAGACCUCAUGUGUGUGAGUUAUGUAGCAAAUCAUUUAAACAUAAAGCUGCUUUAAACCGACAUAAGCUAAUUCAUACUGGUGAGAAACCUCAUGUGUGUGAAGUAUGCAAUAAGUCAUUUAGAGAUAUGAGUAAACUAAAAAAGCAUAUACUUAUUCACACACGAAAAAAUUGUCUUGUGUGUAAAUUUUGUAACAAGUCGUUUCGAGUGAAAGGUGCUUUAGAGAAGCAUCUUCUUAUUCAUACAGGAGAUAAAUCUUAUGUGUCUGAAGUAUGAAAUAAGCUCUUUGAUGAAAAGUAUAGUUUGGAUAAGCAUAAUGUUAUUCACACGUUAGACAAACCUCGUAUGUGUGAGGUAUGUAGUAUGCCAUUUAGACAUAAAUUCAAUUUAAACCAGCAUAUGCUUAUUCACACAGAAGAGUAACUUCAUUUGUGAGAUAUGCAAGUCAUACUAAACUAUCAUUUAAAUUAGUGUCUGUGUAUCCACAUAGGAGAGAAAUCUCAUGAAUAAAUGAUUUAAACAGGAGUAAAUUUGAAGAAAUAUAAAUUUAUCUGUGUAGAUGUUUUUUUUUUUUUUUUUUUUUGAGGGAAAGCUUCAUUAAGAACACUUGUAAAUGCUGUUAAGGAUUUUCUUAUACCUCAAAGAAACAUCACUGUGAUAGGUGAUUUGUCAUUUGAUCAAAAUGCGAGUAAUAACUCAAGAAACAUUUCAGUGAAAGUUAGAAAUUCAUGUAUAUUAGAUGAAUGGGUAUUUAUGUAUUAAUGCCACAGCACUUCUACCCUUCUUAAUAAAAUUAUUGAAAACAUUGCAGCUGAUAGCACAAAAUUUAUUCUGACAGUUGAAAGUUUACCAAACAAAUAGAAUAAAAAAAGAAGGAUUCCUACAUGCUAAAGUUAAUCAUAAAUACAAUUUUAUUGAUCGUGAUACAGGAGUUCAUACACAAACAGUUGAGAGAUUGUGUGGUAGUGCUAAAUGCAGGAAUAAGAAACAGGAGGAGAGCAAGACAUCUUUUAGAAUCUUAAAGUUAAUAUGGGACAGCAUCAGGUCAAAGACCAUAGAGACUGUUUUGAAUCUAUGUUAAACUUUAUAUCUGUCUAUUUUCGACUGACAUCCGAUUGACUACUUUGAUUUUAUAUAAAGUGUUUUAAUUUAUGAUUUGUCACAAAAAUUUUGAGUGUAGCUUGGUGACACUUUAAAACCAUCAAAUCUGCAGCUGUGGUGGCGUUAAUACAUAAGUAACAAUGAAUGUACAAUAAUUGUUCUAUGUUUUUAACAAUAGUUUUAUUUUGUAUGUCUAAUGUGAAAUUGUUGUCGAGCAGCACAAUUAAGUGCCAGUGAUAGAUCAGAGUAUUGUCACGACACACUCAUAGUAUCUUCGCUUUCACUUUAUGUAAGUUUUAAUUUAUGUUUCAUAAGCUAAUUUUGUUUUUCUGAAGAAGGAUAUAAAUUAACUGUUAUUGUUCUA